AUGGACGAAGAGACGAAGUCACCGAGUGUGCAGCCAAAUAAAUCGUUUCUGGAAGAGGUCAACUUUCCUGAGCCGGGCAUUAUUAAUCUGGACAUGAUUAAGUCAUCUUACCUGGAGGAGGGACAGCAUGGUGAAGCGCGUCGCCUACAUCAACUGGAACCGAUUAUAUUGGAGCGAAUAAAGACACUGCAAUUGGAGUUCAAAAAUAUACUACGCAUCGAUCAUCUAUGGGUUCUACCAAACCUAACUAAACUCUGCCUGAACUGCAAUAAAAUUGAAGUAAUUGAACAUAUUGGAAUGCUAACGGCACUCAAGGAACUUAACCUGAGCUUUAACUAUAUAACAAAAAUUGAAAAUCUGGAGACGUUAGUCAAUCUGGAAGUGCUAUCAUUAUUCAGUAAUCGCAUAACAAAGAUUGAAAACCUGGAAACACUUGACAAGUUGGUUAUACUCAGCAUUGGUAAUAAUUUAAUCAACGUCUUGGAUGGCCUAGAUCGGUUGCGCUUUGUCAAUAGCUUAAAGGUGCUUAAUCUGGAGGGUAAUCCCAUUGCCAAGCUACCAGACUUUCCAUUGUCCCAAUAUGUUACAGCUAUAUUGCCACAAUUGAACUACUAUGAAUAUGUUUUUAUCAAGGAUGAAAUGCGGGAAGCAGCUCAAAAGAGAUUUUAUAGAGAACUGCGCGAAAUUGAGGCCAAACAGGAGAAGGAAAUACAUGAUCGAGAGACGGAGGCACGUGAGCUUGCCGAGGCGGCACGUUUGGCCUCCAGCUUUGUGGAGCAUCUGGAUGGCCACCAGCUGUACGAGACUAUGUGGCGGGCCGAUGAUGAUGGACGAGUACUCAUGCUGAUUGGAGCACCGGCUCUGGAACUAGCCGAGGAGUACGAAAAGGAUGUCUAUGAGCUAACCCAGAAGAUAUAUAAACUGGGACUAGAACGUUUCAGCGAACGCGAUGCGGAUAUUAAGGAUUUUUUGGGCUGUCUACAGGAAGGACGAGAAGAGUUUCAAUCCCUAGGCCAAAAACAUAUUGAGGAAUUUAUGCAGUACAGAGAUAAGACUUUUGAAGAAGCAAGCGUCACUCUCCGUGAGCUGGAGACUUGCGAUGAGAAUAGUCCAGAGCACUUGCAGCUAUGUGAAGCGAUGGACACGCUGAAUGCCCAGUUCGACGAUGCACUCAGCGAGAUGUGGCACAACCUAAUGGCCCAAGAGUUGCAUUUGCAUGAGGCAGUUGAGGAGUCUACGUUGAACUUUGAGCGCAGAUUUUCUCGCCUGAUGUCCAACUUUGUGGAGGAGGCACAACUCUAUUUUCUGCAGCUGCGCCAUGUUUGCGAAUACUUCUCUGAUAGCAUGACGGAUGCAGUGUCGUGUUUCAUAUCGAAUAAGCUGGCCCAGCAAGAUCUGGAUGCUGUGCCCCAAGAAUUGCGUAUGUGCAUCGAUGAUCGAGAGUCUGUGCUAAAGCUUGUGGACGCCAUGAAAGCCACGCAUACAGCACGCAUUGAAGAACGCGAGGAUCGCAUGGCCACCCGUAGCAAGGAGUUCAUAAGCAACUAUAUUAAGAAGCUAAACAAGGAGGAAAUCGAGCGUCAUCGUGCUAAGAUAUUGGAAAUCAAUUCGUUUAUGGAGAUGAUGACAAAGGCCAUGGCAAACCUGCCAGAGGAGAUACACGCCGAGUUGUUCUUGGAGGAACAGUAA